CGGGAACCCGGAAGUACUUCAGCCUACUUCAGCUAACUAGCUUUGGUUUGUUGUGGGACCAAAAAAAAAAAGUCUGAAAAGAAAGUUUCUUAAUGAAAUGAUGAGAAGAGGCUACUGUUCGGGUGUUUAUGCUCAUUGUCUGGUAAACUGAAGGGUAGGAACCAGCUGUCUCGCAGAUAUGAGAGGAGGAAGAACUGUAAGUCGGAAGGAUCUUGUUGUUGUGUUAGCAAGCUUUUGGCUAACUCGCUACAGUAUGCUUCAGAAAUGAUUCUGUUAAGGCUCCGUGACAGAAAAUGGUAGGCUUGUGAAGUUAUGUCGAGGUUAUGGAAAGUUCAAUUAAUUGUGCUGAAGAGCAGCAGCCUUCAUCUGUGACCACCAACUCCCAACAGGAAGCUUGCAGGAGUCAAAUGCUAAAAUGUUCUGGUGGAUUUGUUCUGGUGCAUGCUGGAGCAGGAUACCACUCUGAAUCUAAGGCAAAGGAGUAUAAACAUGUGUGUAAAAGAGCCUGCCAGCGGGCUGUGGACCAGCUGAGAGCAGGGGCACUUGCUAUGGAGGCCGUGACCGCUGCGCUUGUAGAACUAGAGGAUUCUCCUUUUACAAACGCUGGCAUGGGCUCCAACCUGAAUCUGUCGGGGGAAAUUGAGUGCGAUGCAAGCAUCAUGGAUGGGAAGUCGCUUCAUUUUGGUGCAGUCGGAGCCAUUAGUGGGAUAAAAAACCCAGUUUUAGUUGCAAACUGUCUCCUGAUUGAAGCACAGAAGGGGAAGCUCUCAGCGGGCAGAAUACCACCCUGCUUUUUGGUGGGGCGAGGGGCCCAUGAUUGGGCAGUAAGCCACGGAAUACCUCCAUGUCCUUCGGAGAAUAUGGCAACAAAGUUCAGUUUAUCUGCAUACAAGAGGAAUAAGCGAAGGAUGGAGCUGGCAGAGAAAAUGGAUGCAGGACAAAACCAGACAAAGAAGAGACGACAAUCGAGUGAAAACGAAAACGGUUCAGGGUGCCUUGACACAGUUGGAGCUGUUGUGAUCGACUCAGAAGGGAAUGUGGCUGCAGCUGUGUCCAGCGGAGGCCUAGCAAUGAAACAUCCCGGCAGGGUUGGCCAGGCUGCUCAUUAUGGAUGUGGCUGCUGGGCUGAAAACUCCUUUAACAUGAACUCUUACUCUACAGCAGUGAGUACCUCAGGGUGUGGAGAGCAUCUGAUUCGCACCAUGCUGGCUCGGGAAUGCUCCGCUGCCAUGCAGUCUGAAGAUGCCCACCAAGCACUGCUGGAGGCUAUGCAAAACAAGUUCAUCAGCUCACCGUUUUUGGCCAGUGAAGACCGUGUUCUGGGUGGAGUUAUUGUCUUGAGAUGCUGCAGAAACGUGGAAGCACAGCCAUCUUCUAAUGUUCAAAGUGCAAUGGUGGAGUUCCUAUGGAGUCACACCACAGAGAGCAUGUGUGUUGGCUACAUGUCUGCCCUAGACAGCAAAGCAAAGACCCACAUAUCCAGAUUGCCUCCUGGAACUGUUCCUGGCCAGUCACUGGCGAUCGAGGGCGGGGUGUGUAGGCUGAUGGGGGUACUGGAUUGAACCCCCUUUCCUCACCCCUCUCUAUGUUCUUCUGGGCUUCCUUAGCAAUACUCCUAUACAAACUCAAAAAAUGCACACAGCCAUGAGCUCACUCACAUGUACAGAACCCCCAACUACCCACAACCUUUGCAAUGCCAGAGAUAAUAAGCUUUCAUUGUUUGAACAGGUGUUCAGGAAGAAGUGAGAAGCAUUAGCUAAUACUUAGUGCACUUAUAGGACUUCCCUUUGCAUACUGGAAGCCACUGCCGGCCUUCAGUGUGCACUCUAUGCCAGUUUACCCUCUAAGCUCUCCAGUGUAACCUGGAUUAAACUUGAUACGUCAUUACGGUGACUUAACAUUACUUUUCUUUAUUACUUUUUCCCAGUUAAACAAUACAUCCUUCCUUUUGUACAUAAUCUAUAAUCCAUGGAAACAGGGUGGAUGUUGUGUUGCUAAAGAGAUGCGACUAUUUUAACAUUUUUAGCAUUUUCAAAUCAAAGAGCUUUUCUUGUUUUCUGUUUGAAAAGGCAGUGGAUAAAAUAUUUGAAAUUCCUCUUUUUGGAGUGUCUGCUACUCAAGACUUUGGCUUGUAUGAUUUAGAGCUUUUUACCAGUAAUAAUGAAAAUACAAGAUAUUUAGCCACUUUAAUCAGCCUGAAUAGUCUUGGUAGUACUUCAGCCUUAUUUGCAUUUUAGCAUGAUGUCAAUAUUCUGUUUGGUCGUUUUUUUUUGUUUUUUGUUUUUUAUGAUAGCCAUUUCAGAAAUUCAACGGUUUAAUUAUUUUAUGAAAUGUGAUUAAAUAAAACUUUACAGUAAGUAACUCUCCUACCUGGAUGGUAAAUAGUUGAUCUAUAAGGAGGAAACUGUGUUCUUACACAGUGAUGACUGUUACAUAUCAUUUACCAAUCACAUGUUAGUUUCCUCAGUUCCAAUGGCAAUGAAGCUGCAUUUUCUUGCUGAAAGAAUCCAGCUAAAAAAAACAAAUGUAUAAAUCAAGCCCAUAAAAUGGUGCUGUUGUACUUGAAAAA